GCCGCUCUGCUCACCCGGCGUGCGGCGUCUGCAGUUCCUGGCACACAACGAGGAAGCCUCUCUGUUUACCAGCUAAGCCCCAGCACAGAACCAUGUGGAUGAGCAGAUGCAGUCGCUUUGUGGUGUCCGCCCUUCGCAGGAGCUCCUCGACUUUGCAGUGUGUGAGGGGCCGUGGUGUACCUCCUCAGCUCUCUGUGUCUUCCAGGCUGCAGCAGAGGCGUGGACAGCACACACACAGCCCGGCUUCUCUCUCUGAUCUGGGCCGGAGUGUGCGCUAUGUUGAGGCCCUACACGAAGAGCGCCUCCUGCAGGUGGAGUGGGAGGACGGCGGGCACAGCGUUUACCCUUUCACUUGGCUCCGGGACAACUGCCAGUGCCCCAUGUGCACUCUCCAGUCUGCCCAGGCGCGAAAGCUGCUCGUAGGAGAUCUUGACGUGAACAUCAGGGUGGACUCCGUGGAGCUCACCGCUGACAACAAGGUGUCAGUGGUGUGGCAGGGCCAGCACUCCAGUGUGUUUGACUGCGACUGGCUGAAGAGACGCUGUUUCUCUGCUGCUGCCAGACGAACUGUGCAGGAAGAGCUCUUCCUCAGUGAGCGCGUGCACUGGGGCUCCUCUCUCCGUGUACCAACUGCUCACUUCCACGAGGUGCUGCAGGACGACCGCGCGGCUCUGGCCUGGCUCCUGACCCUGAGACGUGUUGGUGUGGUCCUCCUGCGGGGGGCGCCACCUGAGCCCGGACACGUGGCCCGACUGGCAGAGCGCAUUGGCUACCUGCGCCUCACUUUCUACGGUCACACGUUUAAAGUCCAGGACAAACCCAUGGCCAACAACGUGGCAUACACUGCAGAGAAGUGCAGCUUCCACACAGACUACCCUGCGCUGCACUAUCCUCCUGGAGUCCAGUUCCUGCACUGCAUCAACCAGGCGGCGCGCGGGGGCGAGAACCUCCUGGUGGACGGUUUUCACAUUGCAGAGAAGCUGAGGGCAGAGGACCCAGAGGCCUUCCACAGCCUCUCCUCUCUCGCCAUAGACUUCACUGACACAGGCUCUGACUACUGCUCCUUCAAACUGCAGGCCAAACACCGCGUCAUCCAUGUGAACUCUGAGGGCACCGUGACCAGGAUCAACCUGAACAAUGCCACCCGAGACUCGGUGCUGGACCUGCGGGUGGAGCAGGUGCAGCCCUUCUACAGAGCGCUGAAGGCUCUGGAGGACAUGAUGAACAGAGAGGACAACAUGGUGACGCUCAGAAUGGAACCAGGGGACAUCCUGACCUUUGAUAACUGGCGCUUGCUCCACGCCCGCACAGCAUUUGAGAGCUUCCCUGACCAGCCACGCUACCUGGAGGGCUGUUACUUAGACUGGGACGAGGUUAUGUCUCGCCUAAGGAUCCUGCAGCACGACCUUCAGGGGAACGAGGCAUAAGCGGAGAUCAGGCACAGCAGGCACCGGCAUCUCAGGUUUAAAUCCUUCAGCAGCAGAACAUACGGCAAAGUUUACAUUCUGCGCAAAUCCAGACAUCGAACCUUAAAUAAGAUUUCAGGUGUUUGAUCAGAGAGUUGUUUUGACUUUAGACAAUGCAAUUAUUUUAUGUAAAAGUAAGAUUUGUAAAAUAUAUUUAUUUUUUCAGUACUAUUAAAAUGUAGUGUUAUACAUUCUCAUUUAAGGGAUCUCAAAUGUGACAUUGUGCCUGAUGAGGAAAUGCCUCAAGUUUGCCAGUAAGUGUAAAAUGUAGUGACUCAAUUGUACAUAACCACAGUCACUAUCAUGACUAUGCUGCUUUGAUUGUGAGAUUGGAUUUUGCAUAGUGCCAGCAUUGAUACAGAAGAAAGCCACUUAAUUUUAAACUUCUAGUUAGACUAGUGUUAGCGCAUCUGGAGGUUGAUGAAUGCACAACAGCAUCUGGUUUGUUCAGGUCACUAACAGUGUUUCCGUCACCCUUUCCUUCCCUAUUAAAUUUGUAUGGUUUUCAGUCAUGUUAAAACAAAUAUUUAUGGAUCAUGCUGAACGAGUUACGGAUGGAAAAACACUGACAUGAUUUUUAUGAGCUUUUAACCCUGUUAGUUUCCCUCAUUAUUACCGUAUUCAAAGUUUCCAUUUCACCAACAAAUUCAAACUUUGGGUCAAACCUGUAGGGUUAAAAAAAUCUAUUACUAUUCUUUGCCAUUUAUUGUUGAAAGUGGUUAUGUCUUUAAAGUAAAGCAACUGGACUUGCCGAUUAGUUCAGUUGGUUAUUUUUAUAUUUCACUUUACAAUUAAUAUUAAGACAUAACACUUACCUGUAUUAACAGAUGUGUCCUCCAGUGAAGCAUUCACUUCAUUUGCAAAGUUCUUAAACAUGUGAUGGAUAUCUACCUCCAACUCACUAUUCAUUGUGUGAUCUAUAAGCAUUUUAUUUAAAUAUUAGCACAAAAACCCAUAGGAAAGUUAUAGGAUCAAAAUGGUGACAAAACUGUUAGUGACAGAGCCAAUUAUUAAAGGUAAUUUUUACUGAAAAAUCAGACAUGGAUGAUUCAAGAUGACAAAUGGUUGGAAAUACCAAUGUGAUUUUUAUUUGUAUUUAUUAGCAGCCAUGUCUAGCCUAGGUAAUACUAAUCCUUGUAAAUGUACGCACCUUUUUAAUGAACGAAGGCUAUGAUGACAGGUCUAUGUAUGCUUGUAUGUGUAUUUAUAUGUUGUAUAUUGUAUGCUUAAUGAUUGUAUAUAAAUCAAAGAACCAAGGCUUGAUUU